UAAAUAAAACAAUGAAUUUGUUCUAGGUGUUCGACAUGGACGACCUAAUAUUCUCUAUAAACAACAUUCAAGACCAGUUCAAGACAUUGAGUCAGAAGCCGGUGGACCUUCCACAGAUCGUCGUGGUGGGCAGCCAGAGCACCGGAAAGAGCUCCGUGUUGGAGUCGAUCGUCCGCCGCUCCUUCCUGCCUCGUGGAAGCGGCAUCGUCACCCGGUGCCCUCUCAUCCUACGCCUCGUCAACUGCCCCGUGGGAGACGAGUUACGCGAAGAAAGAGGCUCUUCCUAUGAGGAAUGGGGUGAAUUUGACGACGAUGAGGAAGAAUCCAAAAUAUACGAAAUUGAGGAGAUCGAAAGUGAAAUUGAGAGAAGGACCGCAGAGCUGGCAGGUGAAAAUAAAAACAUCUCGUCGAAACCUAUAGUGCUCAAAAUAUUCUCCCCGCAUGUCCUCACACUGACACUUGUGGACUUGCCAGGCAUCACUAAGGUGGCUGUAGGCGACCAGCCUGAGGAUAUUGAGGAACAGAUCGUCAACCUUAUAAAUGCUUACAUUAAUAAUCCAAUGAGUAUCAUUUUAGCUGUGAUCACUGCCAACACAGACAUGGCAACUAAUGAGUGCAUUAAAAUGGCAAGAAAGGUGGACCCAGAAGGCGAACGCACCUUAGCCGUUGUGACAAAGCUUGAUUUAAUGGAUAAAGGAACGGAUGCAACAGAAAUUUUGACUGGAAUGUGUAUUGCUGUAAAACUCGGAAUUAUUGGUGUGGUUAAUAGGUCCCAAAAGGACAUAAAGGACAAGAAGAGUAUUGAAGAUGCUUUAAAGGAUGAAGAGGAUUUCCUGAGGAGCAGGUACCCAGAACUAGCUCAUAAAAAUGGCAGUGCAUACCUGGCCAAAAUGUUACAGAACUUACUGAUUAGGCACAUUAAAACGUGCCUUCCGGAAAUGAAGGCAUCGUUUGUUCAACGGCUGGAAGAGUGCAUGUCGGUGCUGAAUAAGUGUGGAGAUGAAAUAGUGGAUGAAAAAGGUUCCUUACAUCAUAUGAUAAGUACGUUUUCUCAAUCAUACUGCAAGGUGAUGAAGGGAGAAAGUGUGGAUAUGGACUCCAUGUUUCUGAAUGGGGGAGCUAAACUCUGUUAUAUAUUUAAAAAUCUUGAAAAUGAACUGACAUCUAAGAAACCAUGCGACGCAUACUGUAGGGAAAAAGUUAUAUUAACAAUAAGACAAACCAGUGGCCCUGAGCCACCUAUGAUAUUUUCUGAACAGGCCUUUGAAGAACUGAUGAGACCACUUAUAACAACUAUGCGCCUGCCAUCAAUGCUGUGUAUUGAAAAGGUCGCUGAAGAACUAAAAGAGGUGUGCCGUAAGAGCAUUUCCAAGGAUACUGCUACCAGAUUUCCCAAGGCGGCAACAGAAAUAACAACGGUAGUGAAUGGAAUGAUAGACGAUCUAACUGAAACAACAAAGCGAUUUGUUAAUCAAGCAAUAUUAAUUGAAGAAGGGCAUAUAACUCACAGCCAUUUCCUAAAAUUUAGGAACGAGUCUUUACAAAAAAUUCUGAAAGAAGAAGACGAAGCAAAACUUCCGAUUCCAUUUAAAAGUGACUAUAAUUUCAUUCAAAAAGCAAAAUCUGUGGAAUACAAUGUCACUGAUAUAUUGAAACCGACGUUACAAGAUAUAAAGCACGCCAUGAUCAUUGGGGAAAUGUUGAAUGUUUAUUACACAGUGGUUGCAAAUAGAAUCCAAGACACUGUGACAAAGGCUACCAUGACGUGCUUGGUGAAUGGACUCGAGAAAAAUAUGUUGCUGGAACUUGCAGCUCAGCUGCAAGGUAUGGCUAAAAAGCUGUUUAAAGAGGACGUGUCGAUUACAUUCACGAGGAAGCAGAAGCAGAGGGAAUCAAUAGCUUUGAAAAACUCACUUAAAGAACUGGACGCCCUGGACUAUGAAAUGGCAAACAAGUGCGAAAUAGAUCUCUAGUCCCUACCAGAAGAAGAAGUGAAAGCACAGUUUACUCAGCGGGAUAGGUGUCUGUUUUAGAUGGUUGAGAUGGCUGAUUUACGAAGGACACAUCCCAUGCAUGUUUAAAAUUUUGUGAAAAAUUACUACAAAUAACAGUGAAUAAACAACACAUCUCACUU